UAGUUGAAGUAUCGGCCACGCAGCUGUGGAACGUUUUUGUUGUUGGGUGUCUGCUGUAAUUUUAGUGGUAAAUAAGAUGUGAGGUUUAAAGAGUAAUAAAUGUUAAUUGAAAUUGAGUAUCAUUUAUCCAUAGCACUUGUAUAAACUUAUAUUUGGUAAGGGUAAGGAGAUAUGGCAAAGGUCAGGAGGAAUACUCAUAAAAGUGAGGAAAUUAGUAGUUCAUCAGGUUCAUCUUCAUCGAUAUCCUCAGAUGAAGAGGUUGAUGCAAGGGAUUUAAAACCAAUUAAAGAGUAUUUGUCAGAUCGUAGAGAAUUAGCUAGACAGCUUUUUAAAUCUGUCAGAGCUGAAAAAAUACAAAUGAUGUUACCUCAAACAUUGAGGAAAAUGGAUUUAGGGCAGUUAGAAAAGUGGUGUGCUAAUGAAUUAAGUGGUAUGUCAAAGAGCCGUAUAUUGUCUAUCUUAAAUGGGAAACCUAUGUUAGAUUCAUCAAACACAAGUGAAUCAGAUGAUUCAGGACCUUCUUUGGAAAUAAUCUCAGAUACAGAGGAGUGGUUUACUGAUGAGGAUAUAUGUGUAAAGGAGGAGGGAUCUGUUAAAGGGAAGGUAAAGAAAGAUAGGACUAAACAGAAAGUAAAAUCUCAGCUGCAUAGAAAGAAUGAUAGUAAACCUAAUCCUAAGAAAGCUUCUAAUAAUGUUUCUAAAAAUGUACCAGUACCAAAAGAGGAACCAGUAACAGCUAAUAAAGAAAAAGAAGGUGAUAGUUUGUUAGAUUUGCUAGAAUUAGAAAUGCGUGCAAGGGCGAUAAGAGCUUUAAUUAGGAAAGAAGAAGAUAUAAUACCAAAUACAUCUAAAUCUAAUGAAGGGAAUAAUGCCUUGAAUAAAGAUGCCGCAGCUAAAGCAAAACAAGAUGAGAUGAAAGAAAAGGAAAAUUGCAGAAGGCAAUUAGAAAAGAUUAUUAGCGCUCAACAGAAUAGCGCUGGCGAGGAUGAAGAUGUAGUGAUAGUCGUUCAGCCAACUCCAACUAUCGAGUUGUUAUCUAGCGAUAGUGAAGACGAACCUCACGGUGGGGUACGGGUGAACAAAAAAUUGGAGAAUGAACGUGUUUUAGAAAACAAGAAUAAUAUGAAAAAUGUCGAAGAAAAGAAAGCAGCAAAUACAUCAGAAGUACAUAAAGAAUCAGAUGCGCAUAAAACUGAAGUUUCUAAACGACCUCAUAGUAACAAUGUAUCUCAAACGGAUACUCAAUCAAAAUCGAGUGGAAAAAGGCGAAAAACGAAGAAAAAGGCGCAUACGAAAGAGCAAUCGAAAGAUCCAAGUUCCGAGGUUGAUGUACACAAUACGAAAUCGUCGAACGAUAAUCAAAUCACCGAGGGUGAAAAGAAUGACGAAUGUUCGUCAGCAAAUGUUAAAUUGAACAGAAAGGAACGUGAAAAUAACGGUAUAUCAAAAGAAGUUUCAGGCACGCCAAGUAAUAUAAAUUUAGACGAAGAGAAAUCCAUUGAUUUAGACGAAAUAAUUGAUCUGGAUGAUUACUGCGAUGAUAUGGAGGAAAUGGAGAAUAAUGAGAACAAGGAGAGCGAAAAUAAAGAAGUUACAGGCAAGGAAGAUAAACUUGAAACUGAAGUAGGUUCUGUAAAAAAAUCGAAUGGAACUGAAACUUGGGCGAGUCGCUAUUAUCAGACAGAUGAUGUUCAAAACGUAAUAAAAGAAUCAAAGAUACAAUCGGAAAUUCGUAAACGGUUAAGAGAACGUCAGAGGCUUUCGAAAGCUAGUACACCUCCAAAUAAAAAAUUACAAGCAUCUUCAUCGACGGAAAGUACGAGUAAUAAAAUUACAGAACAGAAUCCAUUAGGUUCGGUGGAUGAGUACUUGGCUCUAAAAAAUACCGAUGCUACAUGCCUUAAUGUUAACGCUAAUAACGAUGAUUCCAAUGUAUUAAAAGAUAGUGAAACGUCUACCGAUACUUGUACGGAUGCAAAUAAAAUAAUUGAGAGCGAUGACGCAAGUAUGCAUUCUGAAAAUCAAAACGAUGAGACGAAAAUUAAUUUAAGUGAUAAUGCAAUUAUCGAUAAGCCGAUAGUUACGAACGAUAACGCAACUGAUGUUACGAACCCUGCUUGAUAUAACUUUUUUAUAUAAUAAUAAUUAGAAUAUUUGUAUACAUAAUUAUAUGUACAUAAUUAAAAAUAUUACAGUAAAUA